AUGGACCUGACUGAAUUGCAAACCUUGGCUAGUAAGCCACGAACAUUCAUUCUAACAGACAUAUUGAAUGAGCCAGAUGAUUCACAGUCGCUCAUCAGGUACCUCUUAUAUGCAAAUGAGUUCGACACGCGUGGCAUUGUCGCCUGCACCUCGGUCUGGUUGAAAGACACGACCCACCCAGAGGAGAUCAGGAGGCUCGUUGGGGUUUACGACACUGUGGUCAAUAACCUCAACAACCAUGUUCAUCCGGAUCAUCAAUACCAAAGAGCUAGUUAUUUUCUGCCAUUGGUGUCUUCUGGACCAGCCGUGCUUGGCCAGAAGGCUUUUGAUGAGCCACUCAGUGAUGGUGCCCAGAUGCUUAUCGAUCGACUCGAGGAAUCUGGGGAUAAGCUUUACGUGCUGCUUUGGGGUGGGGCAAAUACUCUAGCUCAAGCUCUGAAACACACAAGAGAGACGAAAUCACUAGAUGCGGCAGCACGACUGCGAAGCCGCUUGACAGUGUAUGCCAUCUCAGACCAGGACGACACUGGACCAUGGAUUCGCGCCAAUUUCCCCGACGUCAAGUACAUUGUCUCUAUUCACGCCAAAAACAUGUACCGGCUGGCGACUUGGACGGGUAUCUCCGAUACAUUCGACAAAGGAUCUAACAACGACAUCGUGUCUCGAGAAUGGCUCAAAAACAACAUCCAACUGGGACCCCUGGGCAGCGAAUACCCGAACCCACUUUAUAUCGUGGAAGGUGAUACUCCUAGCUUCUUGUGGCUCAUUCAGAAUGGCCUCAACAACCCAGAGCGAAUUGGAUGGGGCGGAUGGGGUGGGCGAUAUAAUCUCCUCGAAGACGGCGUACACAAUAAUCUAUACACCGACACGAUCGACCGGGCCAUGGGCUUGGAUGACAACCUGUAUGUCAACAACCAAGCGACUAUAUGGCGCUGGCGUGAGGCUUUCCAAAACGAUUUUGCCUCGCGCAUGCAGUGGACUAUGACGGACAGCUUCGGUACUGUGAGCCAUCCCCCGAUCGUCAAGAUAAACGGGGAGCCUGGACCUGCCCCUACGUUGGUUGAAAUAAAGGGGGGAGAGGAGUUGGAGUAUGAUGCAUCUGAGUCACUUGACCCAGAUCGCCCUGGAGAAAUCAAUCACCUAGAAUUCCAGUGGUAUCAGUAUUGGGAACCGUCAGUUGAGGUUCCAAUCCCCUUUUUGCCUCCGACGUGUUCUCUACGUAUCGAACCCGUUCCACGCCUUGAAGGAGCUGGACAGACUUUACAGAGAAACAAUUCUGGGUUUGGCCAAGUGGUGUCGAGUCCCAAGGUCAAGGUGUCGAUUCCGACCAAGGACGAAUGGACUGACCUACAUCUCAUCUUGCAAGUGACAAAUAGUGCAGGCAAGUAUCCUAUCACGAGAUACAAGAGAGUAGUUUUCAAGUGGUCCUAG